AUGAAGCUUCCCGCCGCCACUACUCACCUACUUCGUGGAAAAAGUAGACGGCUCAAGUGGUGUACUGCAUGCGUGGUCACCAUAGUUAUCAUUGCUAUAAUAGCUAUCCCUUUGGCCGUUAUCUUGCCCAGGAAUUCGGCAGCUGCGAAAGGUCUCAAAUCAAAAAUACUCGUGCCAUUGUACAUUUACCCCGAGCCUGGUGCCUGGGAUCCGUUGUACGAAGUUGUCACUUCACAUCCAAAUCGACACUUCAUUGUCAUCCUGAACCCGAAUAGUGGACCCGGUUCUUCUUCAUUGCCAGCGGAUCAGUAUGUCAACCAGAUCCAGAAACUCAACGACUUUCCCAACGUCCAGUCUGUAGGUUAUGUCCGGACAGGCUAUGCGACUCGAAACAUCUCUGAUGUCCUUGGUGAUGUUGCCGUAUAUUCCGGUUGGGACACCAGUGCGAAUGCUACCAUGGGCAGCGGACUAGCAGUGCAUGGCAUCUUUUUCGACGAAGCGCCGAGUGAAUACAGCACGGCCAAUGCCGAAUAUAUGUUGACCAUCAAUCACGCAGUUAAGAACUCCAUAGGAAUUUUAGGAGAUAAAACAAUCAUACAAAAUCCAGGAACGAUCCCUGACCCCCGCCUAGUGGAUUCAACAACUGACUACAGUGUUGUCUUCGAAGGCAGUUACAAGGAAUUUAAUGAGCGGCAAUCGUUAUUGACAGCGCUACCUCUCGACAGAAAGAGAUAUAGCUUCGUCAUUCAUUCUAUCCCGGAAAACUUGAGUACGGCAGACAUCAAGAAGUUCGCUGCUAAGGCGAGUCGGAAAUCAGACCUCCUCUCGCUUAUCGAUCUGGAUGCAAACUUCUAUGAACGCUUCAGCCCAAAUUGGUCAUCAUAUGUCGAUAUAAUACCAUCGUGA